AUGUCUAUUGAUACAUUUAUCGUAGGAAUUUGGUCUAAGGACCGAACCAAUGCGAAUAUAGGCAUUUGCAUUGCCAUCGUUGUAGCUUUUACUGUAGCUUUCUUAUGGGAAAAGUUCAGGACCAAUGAUGAGAAGAAACAAGAUGCUGUGGGCAAAAAGGAGAGUACGGUCGCCCAGGCAGGUUCAGGGGAGGAUCCCUCUUUACUACCACAAAGCGUUAACUACCACUUCACCAGACAAUGCAACUAUUCCUGUGGGUUCUGCUUCCACACUGCCAAGACAUCCUUCGUGCUACCAAUAGAAGAUGCUAAAAAGGGACUCCGCAUGCUCAAGGAAGCGGGAAUGGAGAAAGUCAACUUUUCUGGAGGUGAACCGUUCAUUGUCAAGCGAGGGAAGUUUGUGGGAGAACUCGUCCGCUACUGCAAGGACGAGUUAGAGUUGCCAAGUGUUACUAUCGUCAGCAAUGGAAGCCUCAUCAGUGAAAAAUGGUUCCGAGAUUAUGGUGAGCAUCUGGAUAUCUUGGCUAUUUCCUGUGAUAGUUUUGACCCAGCAGUCAAUGAAAAGAUCGGACGUCAACAAGGGAGGAAAGAUCACCUGGAUAGUUUGCACUCUGUCAGGGAUUACUGCCACAAGUAUAAGAUUGCUUUUAAGAUCAACAGUGUUAUCAACACCUACAAUAAGGAUGAGGAUAUGGCAGAGUGUAUUCUGGAUCUGAACCCAUGCCGUUGGAAGGUUUUUCAAUGUCUGUUAAUCGGGGGUGAAAACAGUGGAGAGGAUGCACUUCGUAAUGCUGAAUCCUACGUCAUCACUGAAGAGGAGUUUCAAACGUUUCUACAAAGACACAAAGAUGUCAAAUGCUUGGUCCCAGAGUCCAAUGAAAAGAUGCAGAACUCAUACCUUAUCCUUGACGAAUACAUGCGAUUUCUAGACUGUACCGAGGGUACCAAGAAACCUUCCAAGUCGAUACUGGAUGUGGGUGUUGCAGAAGCUCUCAAGUUCAGCGGCUUUGAUGAGCAAAUGUUUCUCAAACGAGGUGGCAAGUACACGUGGAGCAAAGGUGAUAUUAAACUGGAAUGGUAAACUUCCCUUGGAGUACGGACGAGAAAGCACCUCAUGAACAUUCAUUGUCAUAUGAAUAUGUUAAAUCAGGGACCAGUGGUAAGACACUGGUACUGUGCGUAGAGCAACAAGUUUUACUCAUUGCAGUAGAAAAAUGUUAUUAACAUAGCAGUGUUCAUCUUAAAGCCCUUUUUCUGUUGCAAUGUUUGGUUUAUUAUUUUGAAUUUCUUUUUUGCAACAUUCAAAUAGGUUUUGUACACAGUUUGCAAUCAGAUAAUCUUAUACCAAAACAUUGUCCUAAUGGUACAAUAUAUCAGGAGCUAUGUUUGAAAGGAUUUUGCAAGAGAAUUUGGACAGUAGAAACAAAUGCUGUCCUUUUAAAAGUUUACACCCAUGGUACAGUUUCCUUGCUAAAUUGCUCUUAUGUGAAAGGGCUUUAACAGACUACCUCAAUACGUGAAUUCAUCAUGUUUAUAGAUUACUUUACCUCAUGUAUCCUGAACCACAUGACAUUAUUUUUGCAUCAUUUUGUAGAUAAUAACUUUGGUUUACUUUUUGCACAGACAUGACCCAAUUUAAACCUUUCCUUCCGGUGCAUACCAGAAAUUGAAUAGGCAAACUUUGCAUCUUGCACUCAUGGAGAUUUUGGACAAAGCGGCUAAUCCGAAGAGAAAAUAUCAAUUUAGGAAUUAAAAUUAGUUUCAACAAUUGAUAUAAAAAAACACUUACCAAGGGUCCUUAGGGCUUUGAAACUCUUGCUACAGCCCGCUCUCAAGAAAUGUCAAACCUAGUCUCAUCAAAAGAUGACUCCAUCCAAAAAAAGAAAUGUAGUAGUUCAGUCCAGGCUUGGAACAGGCAAUCUGAACAAUUUAGAAUAGGCAACAAAUAUGCUGUUAGUCUUUGCCCAUACCCAAUGCACAAGAAAACACUGUCUGCUUAGUGCUGCCAUCAGAAAAAUAGGAAGUGUUCUUUAUUAGAGGUGUAAAUGACAUAGUUGAAACUUGUUUAUGAUUUAUUAAAAUAUAUUUCAGGGUAGUGGAGGAAAUAGAGACAUUUAUUUAGGAAACAAGGAGUUGGAUUUGUAAUGUUAGGUUAACAAUUUUGGUUUUGUAUCUUUUCAUAUAUACUGAAAUAGUUUAAAACAUCAGUUAGAAUUCUACCUUAUAACCUUACUUUACAAAUAUUUCAUAUUAAAGACACUGGACACUAUUGGUGAUUGUCAAA